GGCACUGGACCGUCGAGUGCCUGUCGCUCUGCCUUAGCCAACCGGUUGCCGCUCCUGUAAGCCACACUAGGUUCACGAUGCAUCGAUUGCACAUUACAUAUGCACAGCGCUUUUUGGUCCAAAGAACAAACGUCAGUGGGGGGAAGUACGGGGCCACGCUCCCUCCAAGUCGUUCGCUCGUGAUAUGGCGUAGAGCUGAACGCUAGUUCCCCGGACCGUGGGCCCUUCACCAUCGUCGCGUGCUUUUUCUCAUGAUCUCCAUACAAUCGUCAACUACCAUUAGGCUCUACCUCCAUCCGCUCAUCGCGAUGGGAUUCACCGCGCUCAAAUCUGGUACGACUAUGCGAUCGACCAAAUGUGUAAUCGAUGUUCGCAUUAGUCGCAACCACCUUUCGUUGCUCCGAGACUGCAUGCAUGCAGUAUCAUGACCUAAAGUCCAACUACCUUGGUCAUGAGCAGACGACAACUGUACCCCAGAUCACGACAGUGCAAGCAGUGACGCCUGCCAAGCAGCCUGGGUAUCGAUUUCACCCCUUGCUUUUCUCCCUACAGCAAGCACGGAAGCGCAUAUGGCAACUGUGGCACACAAUUAAUCGGUAUGCGAGCAAAGGUCGGAGCGCAAAACACAUGCUGUUGGGCUUUAACACUGCCCGUUCCGACACGUCUACCCAUCUAUUACUCUUUUACAUUUACGAGCAAAAUAGAAACGAUCGUCUCCGUCAGCCACCUGCUGAGAUGAGCCCUCGUAUCUGUGCCUGGAGGAGCCACCAGUCUGCCAUCCGUGAUUUUGACAAGUGCCGGACAAUCGAUCGCUGUUUGAUUACUCGUCACAUGCUGAACGGCAAACGAUCUCGGUACAUUCUGUCUGUCUCUUCGACAUACGGCUCUUCCGCACUGCAAAAAGCCCCAGAAAUAGCCGACACGCGCUGCACAUAUCGAUCUCGCAUACAACCCACACUACCUACACUGAGUAUACAAAGAACAUUACUGCAGUCAUCAUGGAGGCUUGACAGUGCCACUCUACCGGACACUGGAGAUGGAAGCCCGACAGCCUGGAUACCACGCCUAGACUAGCCAUAUCGGGUCCGGGGCGUGCACCCGCUGCCCGCUGGCGUCGCGUGGCUGUCACCACGGAGCACCAAUCGUCUGGCUUGCAACCACCGGCUGUUGCGUCGGUUGGCCUUAAUAGCAUUGCGCUCAGUGUUCCGUCCUAUGUUGU